AUGGAAAAAAACAAAAAGAAUCUAUUAGAGGAAGAACAAUCAGGCAUUAUUGCAGAAACACUGAUGAAUAUUUCUGAAAAGGGAGAGAAACUAAUCCACAGUACAAAUGUGUAUAAUUCAUGCAAUGGAGAUUAUCGUCGAGGUCAAAGAAUAAAUCGAGAGUAUAUCGCAGCGUCCAAAGAUCAUGAGCUAAUAAAAACAAAAAGAGGUGUGAAAGUUGUAAUUGAUAAAAAUGCUAAUGAUUUGGACCAAGUAUUUAUAAGUGAAGGUAGAGUAAUACCACCUGAUGAGAUAUUGGAUUCAAUGAAACCUGAUAGUUUGAAAAUUCCCAUGAAAUUAAGAGGAGAUUUUAAAGGAGAUUCUUCAAUGUUGCCAGAUUCUGAUUUGCUUAAAGCCAUCCAUUACUUUGUAAGUAAGAAAUAUGAUAAAGUUUUAGACAGGAAAGGACAAAGACGAAUGAUCCAGUCUUUGGAUGAAACGGCAUUGAUGGCAAUGGGAUUACUACUUGAAUCAUGGUGUGAUGAGAUGAUCACUGAUGAAGUAGCGAAAAUGUUCACCAAAAAGUACCCAAAAGAGGAUCCACCAUUAAUUCAAUUCGAUGAUGAUCUAGUUGAAGAGGAGAUAGUAGGCGAGGAAGAGAUAGUGGUUUCUAACGGUGAUGACAGCGAAAAUAAUGAUGACAACGACGAGUAA